ACUCAAGGUCAGAGUCAGCAAAUCCUCCUCUAAAAAUAGACACUAGUUGCAAAGUUGGUAAGAUUUCUUUUGUCGUUCUGCUGCACUUCACAGGACCCAGCUACCUAGAGCACCCACCUAAGCUUACAGUUUCUUGCACAUCCUGAGCACGCUGCUCCAUGGACAAGAUGUCAUCAGCAGGUUUGAACGCUGCGAAGAAAAAUGCAUACACAGCAAUCAAAGUAGAUCCUGAUGAGGAUUACUGUACCCCAGGCGCAUUUGAAUUGGAGCGACUCUUCUGGAAAGGAUGCCCGAAGUACACUCAUGUCAAUGAAGUCUGGCCCAACCUCUACAUAGGAGAUGAGAAAACUGCGUUAGAUCGCUACAGCCUUGAGAAAGCAGGCUUCACCCACAUCCUCAACGCCGCCCAUGGUCAGCGGAACGUGGACACAGGACCAGAUUAUUAUCACGACAUGACUGUGGAGUACCACGGAGUGGAAGCAGAUGAUCUCCCCACUUUCAAGCUCAGCCAGUUCUUUUAUUCAGCUUCUAAAUUCAUUGAUAAAGCGCUUCAGGAUGAAAGAAACAAGGUUCUGGUUCACUGUGCUAUGGGUCGCAGCCGGUCAGCCACAUUGGUCUUGGCUUACCUGAUGAUUUACAAGAACAUGACAGUGGUGGAUGCCAUUGAGCAAGUAUCAAGACACCGAUGCAUCUUGCCAAACCGGGGCUUCUUGAAGCAGCUGAGAGAACUGGACAUAGCGCUGGCACUGCAGAGGAGGAACACCAAAAACAGCCUACCAUCUGACAACGACGAGAACAGCACCACAAUCUAGUAUUGUUCCUGGCAGGGCUGUGCUACUGGAAAAGAAACUCCAUAAAAGGAGGGGAGGGGAAGGUGUAGUUAAUUACACAGUCACAAGGAUCAUUUGUUAUUUGGAAGGAAAAACAAAGUCAUUUCAAACGCUGUCAAGAUGAGAAAGAAGGGAAGCCAAAUUUAAAACCCAUCUUCUUUGAAUGUUCCAGGCUUAGCAGAAUUCCAUGUGACAUCAACAAAUAAAUUUUACCCUCUGUAAAAGAGCUUUUACAGCACAAAAGCAGGCACAACUUAAAAGAAAACCCUUCUAGCCGAGUACCCCCCAAAUCCUGAUCCUAACCCAAGCACAUGGCCUUUAAAAGAGUGGAGCUAGACAUUCCUGAAGAAAUUUUGCAGGACAAAUACCGAGAUGGUAGCAGCACAGAUGAAUUGUUUAGUCCCAGAGUCCUGAAGGAUUUUGCAGGAGUUUGCCUUUCUGUGCUGUUUCCUGCCAUCCCCAUUUCUUCUUUCACAGUAAUAAUCUAAGGCAGCACAGCAUUUAGAGAGCCUCCAGAUGAGGAUCAACUACCCAGUCUUCACAAUGGACUUUGCAGCAGACCAUGCAAACUAGAAAUAAAGCAAGACCCUUGAGAUGGUCUGAUGCAUAAGCAGAUACAAGGGACAAUACAAGGAGAUAAAUACACAUGACAUUUCAGCAGUUUCAGUUUUAACUUGUUUUUCCCAAAUGCUUCAACUGCCUGAAUUUUAAAAAGGUCCUAUACAUACAGUAUCCAAGUCAAUUUACUAUUCCACUGAAAAAAAAAAAAGACUGAGAAAAUUAUGUGUUGUGACUUGUUUUCCUGUACUUGAAAAAACUAACAGCUAGAAAAACAGGAUGUCCUUUACACUGCUAAGAGGAAGUUCAACACUGAACUUGUGCAGCCCUAAUAAGCCCCUAAAUAAUAAUGGAUUAUAACCAGUUUUAAUGAGAUUUUAGUUUUGAUUUAAAAGGCAAGAGACACAUGUGAAGCCUUUAAAAAAAUCUGUGACCUGACUAACCAGGAGAAAGCUGCUGCUGUACUUCCAGACACCACUGUUUAUAUUUACCACUACCAAAUGUUUCCUCCUAUCUCAGCUUUAGCCAACUUAAUAUAUUAUUGUGCUCCAAUACAGUUGCUAGUAAUUGUGUUUGUUGACAGAAGUAGUCCAAAUACACAAAUGGGGACACCG